UGUGACGAAGUGGGACUGUUCUUAAUGUUUCCUCUGAAUAGUGUGGGGGUGCCUCAGUUUCCCCUAGGCAGUUCUUAAGUAUCUAGGGGGUGGAGUAAGGGAGUAUGAUCAUUGCAGAGCCCUAGAGGGCAGGUGUGUGCAGGGGUCUGGACACAGAGAAUGGCCGACACCCUGUUUCCUGGCCACUGAUGGCCUGGGCCCUUCCCCCCCCUGCAAGGUGAGAGCUGAAGGGUUGGAGAACAAAGGAAUCAGGUGACUACCUGGCCCGGGAAAGGAACAAAGCCCAGAGGAGGAGGGGCUGGAGGGAGGUUCAGUUUGGGGCUGGCUGGGACAUGGAGUGAAGUGCAGACGUGGUUGUCUGGCUCACUGCCCCCCAAAAUGGACCCAGCUGAGGGGUCCCGUUCUCUGCACCUGCAAGCUCUGUUUUAGACCAUGUUCCUGUCGUCUAAUAAACCUUCUGUUUUACUGGCUGGCUGAGAGUCACGUCUGACUGCGAAGUUGGGGGGCAGGACCCUCUGGCUUCCCCAGGAGCCCCGCCUGAGCGGACUCGCGGUGGGAAGCCCACGGAGGGGCAGAGGAUGCUGAAUGCUCCGAGGUCAGACCCAGGAAGGUGGAAGCUGUGUGAGCUGUGUGUCCUGAAGACAGGCUGCUCACAGAAAGGCGACUGCCCCAGAGUCCUGACUGACUUCAUGGGGAGCAGUUCCAGAGCAUCGCCCAGGGACUCCGUGACAACUGGUGGCAGCGGUGGGAUGUACUGCACCCCGUGGAUGGUGCUUCCUGCAGAACAGAUUCCUGACCCCAACUGGGGCUAUAGCAGGAUCUGGGAGCAGCUGAAGCGGGAGCCAGGCAUCGCCAAGACUCCUGUCCCCGACCAGACGGGGGUCUUCACGAUCGGGUUCCCCAUCGGGGGAUCGAGACGGACGGGAUUGGAGCUGAGUCUGAGAGAGCAAGAGGACCGUGGGAGGCAGCGAGAGCCCGAGAAAGAGCUGCAGAAGCAGCAGCAGCAUGAACUGGCGGUGGUGGGGCGGAGAGGCCUAGGGGACCUCCCCGGGGUGAGUGGGGAUAGACCCCGGGGGGCCAGUUCCGCAGGGAACCUCGAGACUAAAUUGCUGCCCCUGGUUAAGGAGGGGGGGGGUGUGGAUGCCCACCUCACUGCCUUUGAGCAGGCUGGAGAUUUGAACCAGGGGGACCCUGCGGAAAAGCCCCGGUGUCUAGCUCCCUUGCUGGGUCCCAAGGCCAUAGACUCCGUCAGCCAGAUGGUUGGGGAUGUGGACAGGCUCCCACUCCUGACCCCAACCUAUAUGACUGUGUGGAGUUUCCUGGGGCCAGGCCCCCCGGACCUCCAGUGGGAGCAGAAGGUGAUGGUCAAUGGGGAGACAUUCUUGGGGUGGCCAAAGGGCAUGGGCUGCAUAAACCUUCCCACAUGCGGCCUGCGAGUGCUAUCGACCACCCCUGACCUAAGGGAGGGCGUGAAACUGGAAGGGCCUGGUGUAACUCCUACCAAGGAAUGGGAGAGAUGCUGGGGAUCCAUGGGAAUGUUGGUGGCUUCGAACUUCCCCAGGUCACUGGCUAAAGUGACCCCGCUCAGUUCGAUCUCGAAGGGGGGAGAGAUGUGACGAAGUGGGACUGUUCUUAAUGUUUCCUCUGAAUAGUGUGGGGGUGCCUCAGUUUCCCCUAGGCAGUUCUUAAGUAUCUAGGGGGUGGAGUAAGGGUGUAUGAUCAUUGCAGAGCCCUAGAGGGCAGGUGUGUGCAGGAGUCUGGACACAGAGAAUGGCCGACACCCUGUUUCCUGGCAACUGAUGGCCUGGGCCCUUCCCCCCCUGCAAGGUGAGAGCUGAAGGGUUGGAGAACAAAGGAAUCAGGUGACCACCUGGCCCGGGAAAGGAACAAAGCCCAGAGGAGGAGGGGCUGGAGGGGGUUUUUUCAGUUUGGGGCUGGCUGGGACAUGGAGUGAAGUGCAGACGCGGUUGUCUGGCUCACUGCCCCCCAAAAUGGACCCAGCUGAGGGGUCCCGUUCUCUGCACCUGCAAGCUCUGUUUUAGACCAUGUUCCUGUCGUCUAAUAAACCUUCUGUUUUACUGGCUGGCUGAGAGUCACGUCUGACUGCGAAGUUGGGGUGCCGGACCCUCUGGCUUCCCCAGGAGCCCCGCCUGAGCGGACUCGCUGGGGGAAGCGCACGGAGGGGCAGAGGAUGCUGAAUGCUCCGAGGUCAGACCCAGGA